UGAAAUAAAAGUCUAGAGAUCGCGAAAUUAUCUCUUACCCUCUCUCUCUCUCUCUCUCUCUCCAAACCCCUUCGACCCUGACCCACGCCUCUCCAUCCAUUUUCCAUAGAUCUUAUUCUGCUCCUUGUCCCUGUCCGAAUCUGGUCAUCCGAUUUGGGAUUUUUGGCCGCCUAGAUUCUUGAAGCUCGUUUUGAUUUGCCAUGGCGGCUCCUCCUGCUAGGGCUCGGGCGGACUACGAUUACCUCAUCAAGCUUCUUCUGAUCGGUGACAGCGGUGUUGGAAAGAGUUGCCUCCUUUUGCGUUUCUCAGAUGGUUCCUUUACUACCAGUUUUAUUACCACAAUCGGCAUUGAUUUUAAGAUAAGAACAAUUGAACUGGAUGGCAAGAGGAUUAAACUACAGAUUUGGGACACUGCUGGACAGGAACGCUUUCGAACUAUCACAACUGCUUACUACCGAGGCGCUAUGGGCAUUUUGCUCGUUUAUGAUGUCACUGAUGAAUCUUCUUUCAAUAACAUAAGGAACUGGAUUCGCAACAUUGAACAGCAUGCUUCUGAUAGCGUAAACAAAGUUUUGGUUGGUAACAAGGCUGAUAUGGAUGAAAGUAAAAGGGCUGUGCCGACAUCAAAGGGGCAAGCUCUUGCUGAUGAAUAUGGGAUUAAGUUUUUCGAGACUAGUGCAAAGACGAACCUUAAUGUUGAACAAGUCUUCUUUUCAAUUGCAAGAGAUAUCAAGCAGAGACUUGCAGAAACUGAUUCAAAACCUGAGGAUCGGACCAUCAAGAUAAACAAACCAGACCAGACAGCUGCAGAUGGCACUGCUGCAGCAACAUCGUCGUGCUGUGGUUCCUGAGGGAAUGAUUACCUGAUGGUGGCGGUUGUGGCAGCAACGGCAAUUGGGUUCAAUCUUUCAUCUCGUGGGAACUAAUUACUUAUUGGUCAAUGGUGUUUCGAGGAUAAUGAUGAUGGAGCUUGUAUUUUCAAUCCUUCCAUUCUUUGAAACUUAGCUAGCAUGUGUUUUUCUUGUUUGAGAUGUGGGAAACCCAUGUACGUUUAUUUGUUGUUGUUUUUUUUUGAAAGGAUCCGGCCUCACGAUUGA